AGAUGAAACUAACGGAAAUUACAAAUUCAUACAUAAUGCCGACUGUUCAAGUGACGUCACGCACAUCUCUCGAGAAUAUCCCCUCAAGAGUAUGACGAUUCCAUCCCUCUGCAAACCUGAAUUGUGCACAAUAAUAUUUUGUGAAGGUUGUUACACGUCGAAGCUACGAGAAAAAGCGACGAUUAUCAUAAAAGCACCUCGCAAGUGAGAAUCGAUCGAGACUCCUCGCGCCUUGACGCGACAACACCUGUGACAGUGGAAAACAAGAACGACUAGGUUAUAACUAACAUUGGCGGGAUAUCACAUCUAAUAAACAUGAGCGAGCUAUAUCCGCUGACUGUGAGGCUUAUCCUAUACGUCAUAAAUCGAGCCGAGUUCGCCGGAACGGAUGUACGUCGGAAAGGAAAGGACAUGGCAUACCUGUAGAUACAAAAUGCCGGAUUAAUGUGCGCACGAGAGAGCGUCCAAGCGAUCAAUAGAAGCAGAGCAAGCAAGAAACAAAGCAGAGUAGUAAGAAGAGUAGAGAGCAAAUACGUAGAAAGUAAAGUAAGCGUAAAAAAGUGGUAGAGAAACAAAAGCACCACGCCGCACGAAAUUUGCAGAGAGAAUGAGUCACGCUCAACAGCAUGUGCUUUCAAGCGCGAUAGUCCUCGCGCUGUUAGUGGUAUUGGGUAUCCACAUCUUCCUGUUUCCCAUGUAUACAUCGACUCCGCCGGUGCAUCACACGAAGAUCUCCGCAUAUGAGCAAGCCCUCUGUCGUACAACGUUGAAAAAUAACAUCCGUAUACCAACGUCUGAGUGGCGCAAUAACCCCUGUCCCAAAUAUGGCAUAGUAUCGGUGGUGCAAGGUGGCAGACUUGGGAAUCAGAUUUGGGAAUAUGCUUCUGUUUGGGCAACGGCUCGACGAACGGGUCUGGAACCAUUCAUGCCGCGCUGCAUUCUCAAAACUCUGGAGGAGCAUUUCGAGAAUCUUAGCAUUCCACCGCUCAGCUAUAUUGGCAGAUGUACGAUGGAUGUCAAUCAAAUUGUUAACUCACUCGGCCAGUGGAACAGUACGGAGCAAAAUAUUAUUAUACCCAGACAUGCAGCUUACUGGUCAUUGAUACUGGUCUGGCUGGAUGACAUACGACGAGAAUUCACGUUUAAACCGAGUUUGAAGAUCUAUGCGGAAAGGGUACUGAAGCGCGUGGCAGAGAAGUUCAAUUUGGUCUCUCCAAUUUAUGUCAGCGUACAUGUGCGUAGAACAGACUACGUGGAUUACCUUUGGCAAAAAUUAAAGACGCGACCCGCCCCAGUAAGUUACUAUUUAUCGGCAAUGGAUUACUUCGCUGACAAAUACAGUAACGUAGUCUUCAUAGUAACAAGCGAUAAUAUUGCUUGGUGUAAGUAUAAUUUACAUAGCAAGCGUCAUAAAAUGAGUUUCAUAUCAGAUAACAAUGGCAAAGGCCCGGGCAAAGAUUUGGCGGUUUUAUCCGUGUGCAAUCAUAGCAUAAUAGAUUAUGGCACAUAUGGUUCGUUCGGCGCGAUUUUGGCCGCCGGAGAAACCGUGGUUUACAAUGUAACAGCAUACUUUUCUACGCUGAUUGCUGAUGUUCUACCGAAUUGGAGAAUAAUGAAUUGAACGAGAAUCUCUAAUGCAACACUAAAACACUAUAUUAUAUCUCUAGAUUUAAAGUAUACAUUCGUAUUUUUUGUAUUAGGUGUAUGCAAAUACCCCCCUUUAUUUAAUCCUUAUUUCAACGCUCUGAUAUUAUUAUUUAAACUUUUAAAUAAAUUCUCUUCAUGUAAAUAAAGUUUUUUUCGCUUUUUUACGUUUUUGAAAGGUUGACAUUGAAGUUUAUAAAACGUCAUAUGUCAUGAUUUAACGGUAAACAGAAUUUCGAAAAACAAUAGUGAACGCGAUGAAAAGCUACAUAUCUUUUCGUAUUCAGCAAACCAUUUUGGACCCCAUCUUGAGGAUCUCGAGUUUAUAUUCAUCUUGGCUAACUUGGCACCUUCGAAAUUACUACUUAUUCCAAUCUAUGCAGAACUUUUUUCUAUGCAAUCUAUGCAUUGACAUAGGAAUAUAUGGACGGAGCCUAUGCUACGAACUUAGGCAAGGGAGGUUCUGAGAUUUGGGGUAAGGAGAGGCUGCUGGCAAAUCGGGCGAGUUCAUCUGUUCUCGACAUCGCCCGAAUGAUACUGUACUUUAACUGCGUUCCGAUAUUCACUGCCAGUACUGAAAAUCUAUAGUAUACGUGACAUACACUAUAGCUUUUCAGUACUGGCAAUGAAUAUCGGAACGCAGCCUUUGUUGUACUUGUGGGAUUAGACCAUUUGAUAAAGUUUUGUGAAGUUACCUGGGAAAAACAAUUACUUAAAUUAAACUUACGAUGAGGUAUUGUGUUGUUUCGGGAUGUAGCAAUCGCAUUAAUUCAAAAAGAAAAAAUUGGCAACAACUGAUGAAAGAAAAUAAUAAUCAGAAAAUUUCUUUUCAUCUGUAAGGAAAACAUACAGUUGUAGGUUAUACACAAUGUCGGUAAAAAGUUUCAGAUAAAAAUAAUAAUGAAGAAUAUUUAUCUGGAUGAUUAAUUAUUCAGAUUAGAUAAUUAUUCUUGCGCUAUGUUCCAAUAUUCACUAACAAUACUAAAAAUCUACAGUUUACAUAUUUAUGUAUAUGAUAUAUUUUAUACACAUUUCGACAAAUUAGUUUUUAAUUAUGAAUAAAUUUAUAAAUAAUACAUAUUGUAAUAAAAUUAUAUACAAAUGUUUCUUGCAUCAUAGUAAUAGAAAUUAGGACUAACAUUUCCUUAUGCAUUGUCAUGUCAUUAUGCAAGAGUAUGUGCUUUGUUAGACAUCACUGACAAAACCGAACAUACCCGAAGAGCCGAAGUUACACGAAGUGCCAGUGCUCUCUCCUUACCGCUAAUCUCAGCUUUCCCUCGUAAAAGGCUCCGUCCAUAUAUUCCUAUGUCAAUGAAUCUAUGCAGUAUAUGUACUUUCUGUGUACUUUCAUAAUAACUGAGACACGAAGAAACCUUUUUCGCAAACGAAUUUAAAAUUUACCCGAGAGAUGGCAGAAAAUCGUAAACAAAGGCAAAUAUUUUGAUGACUGAAUUGUAUAUAUUAUGCACCUAAAGAGCGAAAACGUGCAAGGAAUGACUAAAACAUUUGAAUAAAACAUACACCUAAUACAAUGGGGGCAAUAAAUCAGUCUUGGAUAUUUCUAAUUAAUUUGCAAGAAAAAUUUAUAUUGAAAUCUAUAAUUGCUUUUUAUUGGUAAAUUAUAAAAAGUUUCAAUUUAAUAUUUCAAUUACUUUAUCUAUUUUAAUCAUAUUGCAAGUGCGUGUAGCAAUGUAAAUAAUCAUUGUAUAUUACUUUAGAUAAUUUUAAGUUAUUUGGAAGUGUAUUUGUUUUUUAGGAAAUGAACUCUCCUAUCUCUUGUUAUUUAUCAUGUAAACGUAAAAAUUCAAAGAUAAAGAAAAGUACAAAUAGAAUCUAGUAGACGCAGUUUUCGAUAUAUAUCAAGUCUGUGUCUAUCAGGUUCUACUUGUCUAUAUAAUUUUAAUUCAUAGAUUGGAACCUGUAACUAAUGAAAGUUCGUUACUAUAUCACAUUAAAUUUUAUAUCUAGAGACAUGAUAGUGUUCCGUGCCAAGUUCAUGCGCAACUGAGAAACGAGAGGCGAGGCAAACUAUGUAUUAUAUAUUUAGCAUUCAAGGCAUCUAAUUAAGCAUUAUCUAAUAAGCACCAUUAUCGGUCUGCUAUAACGGCUAGAUCAAUUGAUUUUAUAAUGGGUUCAAUCGAUAACUCCAAAUUAUUUUAUAUCAUAAUAAUUUUUAAUUUUUAUCCUAUAUGUCCUAAAGGAAAAGAUGUUCCGUCGUAAAAAGUGAAAUUUCAUAAAUAAUAAAUUCAGAAAUAUUAUCGCCUAAUAUACACUUCAAACAUUUGACUUUAGAAGCGUUCGCGAUAUCAAAUAAAGAAAUAAUUGAUUGUGACAUGCCAUGCAUGAAAUGCAUACUGUUCAAUGUAAAUGCACAAAUUCAUUAAGAAAAAAUGUCAUUGUACAGUGAGAUGAAAUGUAUAUUAAUAUUACCGACAUUAUGGUAAUAAUAAUAGUAAUGUCAGUUUAUUCGUGUUGAUAGUUCACACACACAUACAAUUACGGAGCAAUAUACAAAAUACAGAUUGUUAAUGUUGUCAACAUGCUGUAUCGAUAAUGCCCUAUGCAUGUACGUUCAGAAUCUGUUAUGUUUAGGUAUAUUUUCAUUUAUAAUAUCAUUCAAUAUUUAAAUACCAACAUAUAAUAAAAAACUUAUUUAGUAUAUUGGUCGGUAAGGAACAUAUCGAUACCAAUAAGCCAACAUUACAACGAUUCGAUUCAUUUCAUUAACUGUACACAUCAGUGACUAAUCAAGGUACUUCUAAAAAAUAAUUUCAAAAAAGGUACAAAAAUCGUCAAGUACACCCGAUGCUGGUUAUUUAAAUCUAUUUUCCCAUAAAAAAGUUGAUGUCAAAACUUUACGCCAAAUUAAAAGGUGUUUAGUGGACUUGGCAAAAGACUUGUUGCUAUUACUCUCAAAUGUCUCAUACAGUAAUACAAAAGUAAUACAAGAUAGCGAGAGAGAGAGGGAGAGGAAAAGAGAGAGAUAGAGAGAGAGGAAGGACGGGGAUAGGAUAGAGAGAGGAAGAGAGAAAAUAGGAAAAGAAAACAAAAAAUUAAAGAAUUAUUUAACCAGCAAAAUUAGUUACUUGUACCGAUUAACAUAUUAGUUUGCCUAACAGCAUUUUCAUAUUUGGUACUUUUUCAUUUGAUGUAAAUUUCUGAUAUUAUUUUGUAAAACACAGAUUCAAAUAAUCCGUAAUACGUAAUACUUAGCUUGUUCUUUUAAUCUUUUUAUUGAAACUGUUAUAUUUUAUUUUAAUAUUUUAUGUACGUAAAUACAUCAUUGUCGAAAAAUAUUUAGUGAUAUAAAAAAGCAUGUAUCAUAUUAUUCUUUCAAUUUACGCUCACAAGCUAAGAAUGAAUACACCUGUCAAUGUACCUUUCAAAAGACUCGAGAAAGAGGUUUACAACGGAACAAUGGACCACUAAUAUCUAAAAUUAGCAGAUGCUUAUUUUUUCUAUAAUUCGAAUAUAACUCGAUGUGACUGUAUAAUGACAAAAAAACCGCAUAGAUUGAAUAUUCUUUCUAAAUACAGAAUUUUACGUAACUAUUGUUAAAGUUUGAUAUUUUUAAAAGGGGAAUUUUUUGAUGUUAGUUUAUAGUCCACGUAGUUUUCUGUGAUAUAGUCUCUUUAAGUAACAUUUAAGUUAAUUGUGUUUGCAUAUUUAAUACGUAUAUCAUAUCUUAGCAAGUAUAUAAUGUGUAGAUAAAAAGAUCGUUGUAUGUAACAUCUGUAAAUCGAAGGAUGACUAGAAAGUUCGUGAGGAUUUCCAAAAAGGUGUCGUUCACUUCAACCGAAUAUGCGUUAAGUUUCAGUACAAGUUUCUGUCAAGUAUUCAGUACAAUCUGUCGCUCAAAAAGGUGACAUAUUCUUUGAGUAAAGUAACUGCAAUCGGGUAAAGUGUUUUAACAGCAGUUUCAAAGUAGAAGAAAAUAAUAUAUAUUUUUCGGUGUAUAAAGCUUAUUUUACUACCGUAAAGGUAAAAAAUUCAAGAAAAACAAAUCAAAAGAUAUACAUCGUGUAUGGAAAAGUGAUGUUGUUAGCCAACAAUUGUGCCAGAAAUGGUUUGCGAAAUUUCGUGCAGGAGAAUUGGAUUUUGAAGAUGCUGAUCUUAGGUUUCUUCGAUAUCUGACAUGUUGAUUUUCUAAUGAUGAUCCGUUGACAGAUGAUUCGUUGCCACUCUCUUCGUCAUGACUCCCAUCGCAUCAUCUUUGAAUAGCACAAAAUAUUUUUCCCCAUUCAAGCCGAGUUUUUCGAACGGUCUACACAGAUCUGAGUGAAUAAAUUUGUCAGAUUGAAUAUUCUUUGGUGGUUGUGUUUUGUGCGUCAAAUGCUUUUGCUUGCCGUAGUUGCAAGCUUUGCAUGUGAAGUUCAUAUCAUCGCCAAUAUUCAUGCUGAGUGUAUUAUUUUCUCUGACCAUCUUUCGGAUUGUGUCAAUACUUACAUGACCAAGCUUCUCAUGAAUCUCACGAAAGGAUGAUUCUUCAACGACGUGCGCCUAAUCAUUUCUCAAUCAGCAUUCACCACAGUCCAUUAUCAAUCACGCCAGUCAUGAUCACUUGUUCAUUUAGCUUCUUGAUUAAAACCUUAAGUUUCUCCAUAUUAUUUUACAGUCAGCCUCUGCACAUUUCGUCAGCGAGAACAAGUUCUUGUGCAAGUCAGGUACGUACAUUACCUCAUACAGCUUACCAUUCCACUAUCGGCCGCUUGCAAAAGACGCGAACUGUUCCUCGCCAUUUCAUUAGAACUGCCACUUUAUUUGCUGUGCCGAUUCCUGGAUGGUUGAAAACCUCUUCGAACAUCUCAAAACAACUCCUGUCGUAUGUCAUGUGACAAUUGGUACCACUAUCUCCAAGCCAUGAACUUUCAACCGAGUUAAUCAUGAAUGCUUCAGCUAUGAAACCAUAAUCCAACUUCGUUUCAGUUUCAUGUUCUUCAUAUUCUUAUUCUGACUUUUCUUGUUCUUCUUCGGCUCUGUGCAGUCAUGCAUUAUGUGAUCUUCCAUGCCACAGUUAUAACACUUGCUCGAAAACUCUCUUCGUUCUGCUUUGAUCUUCUUGUUGGACUUCUUCUUGUCAUUGCUUUUACUUAUAUCUUUGCGCGACUUGACGACUAAUACCUCAAGUUCAUUAUCGGCCUUGUUCAGAACUUCUUCGUGUCCAGCUAGUUCAUUAGCCAGAUUCUCGAUCAUCUGCUUCGUCGGUUUCUUGCUAUUCCAGACAGUAAUGAAGGUACUGACUUUCUCGCAGGGAGCCCGUUCACGAUCUUCGCAAUAAUGAAGUCAUCCUCAAAUUUCACUCCUACUGUUUCAAAGGAGGUCCUGAUAUUUGAGACAUCAGUGAUGUAGUCAAGUACAUUCUGACCACUCUCAAGCUUACAGUUCAAUAAUUCGUGCUGUAACUAUACCUUACGCAUUCCACUUCUUCUCAAACAUACCCAUGAUUUCAGACCAAUAUUCUGUUGCUGUACUGCAAUUAAACAAUCAUUUUAACAGCAAUGAAUCAACCGAGUAAAUGAUUUUCAACAUAACCUGACUAUCGCGUUUUAUCAUUUCUUCAUCUCGUUGGCCUCUGCUGGCUUCUGUUCCUUACCUUCUACAAUGUUCAUGAGUUCCUACGCUCUUAAUAAUACCGAUAACGUCUUCUUUCACAUUGGAAAAUUAUCGGCGUUAACCAACUUCUUGACUUUUACUUCUCGAAGUUUUCGGUCCGCCAUCUCGGUUGACACUACGAGUCACAAAUUUUCUACGGCUCUCUUACGAACUGUUCCUCUUACCCAGUUCCGUUCAUUGAUCGUUUCUAUUAUGUCUUGCUUUAUAUCACAUUAAUUACACAGCAAUCAUUCGUUCUGGUCUCCCGCAAUUAUUUCUGGUUCGUGCAAUGGAAACGUGCUGGGCUCACCUAUUAACCUUGUUGUUCCGACUGAUUGCAUUAAUGCAAAACACCAAUUUAAUUUUGCACAACCGCACACUUAACAGUCUGUACAAUCCUUACAAGUAUUAAAAAGAAACACAAAAUAUGACCACUACUUAUUAAAGAAAUGACUCGACAUACAUACAGUAAUGCCAGAUUCCAUGUAUUUGGUAGCAUGUGGUAACAUUUUGUCUUACUCUCGCUCGGGCGAGUUGAGUCGAGCGAAAGUAAGACAGAAUGCUACCAAAUGCACGGAGGCCCGUAUUCAUAGUUGGAUCUUAUAUUUAAGACCGUCUUAAGUUUAUCUGCAGAUACUCCAUAGCCAAUGAAAUGAUUCAUACAGCAUCUGCAGAUAAACUUAAGACGGUCUUAAAUAUAAGAUCUGACUAUGAAUACCGGCCGGAAUCUGCAUACAUAUAUCCAAUGAUAUUGUUGCGUCCGGGCGGGCUUCACUCGACACACGCUAACGCCACAUGCUUACUGACACUCGCAUACUCGCGGGAAUAAGACUCGCGCGUACAAAGAGAACAAACUUUAUUGCUACAGCAAAGCUACAACGGAAUUCAUAGGAUAAUUGGGUUCGCGACGCGUCCAGCUGCCACCAUAGCUCGGCUUGGACUCUCCUUUCCUUGUUUAUUUAUUCAUUUCCCAGCAACGCGCGUCUUCUUUCAGAGCCGCUGAUCCGACGACGCUAAGCUGAUUCGCAGCUGACCGGCUUCUCGCUAUAUCAGGUGGCUCAUCCACCCAAGACACAACAAUAUAAAUGAAAUGUGUGCGUGAGUGAAUAAAAAAGAAAGUCAUCAAAAAUACACGAACAAAA